CCAUGCGUUGCUUUCGUGGAUAUCGAUCGGGAAGAAAAAGAAAAAGAAAUUUUCUCGAAGAACUGAAAUGUAUGAAUGUAUCGAAUAUCGUUUUUCCUUUGCGUGGGGAAAGAAAAUCGAAAAUUUAUCGAAAAGUCUCGAUCUCAAUCGCAGAUUGUCAUGGGUUCAUCUUGGUGGGAAAACUGGUGGAAAAAAGAAUCGAAAAUUCGAAUGAUACGUUUUUCGUCCACUUUUCUUUGCGUCCCGUUCGAAAGAGCGUCGUUAAGAGAGCCGUGACAAUCGAACGCGCACUACGAAAAGAGAAACAAUAUUUCAGAAAUCUAUAUAAUUUUCCACGUUUCGAAACGAUCGAGUCACGUUUCACGUCGGUUAUUUCGGAAACAGGAUACGAAACGUAUUUACAUUCUCCUGGAACCGAGCAUGUUUUUUUAACUCUCUCUCUCUCUCUCUUUCUCGUUUGCUUAACGAGCCCCAUUUGCAACAAGUGGUAUAUCGCGUAUUACACGCAACACCGUGUUCGGUUACGCGAUAAGGAGAAUCAAUAUUAUCCUAUCCUGAUAACGACAUUCGAAUCGUGGCGGAAGAGGAAGGGAUUUUUCCGCUCGAAACACGGAAUAAGGCCAACAGCGAUACACUUAUCGAGAGGCGAAAUGAUUCUAAACGAGCGAUCGGUUUCUCCGGAGGAGCGGCGAAUCGAACGAUCCAAUAAAUUCCGUCUGCAUCGUGGACCGCACGAAUCAUUCGUUUUCCUCUCCACGCGUGUGAAAACGCUCCGUGCGCGCAUCGCGAUUCCGCACGCGCGGAAUACCUCUACAUUUUUUCUUGCCGCGUUUAUUCCACGCGAAAAUGAAUGUGACAGGCGAAGCGUUGGAGAUAAGCGUACGCGUCGUGUCAUGCGUCGUCCCCUUUCUUUUCGCGCCGAGAGGCGGUUCGAGAGGCGCCUCACCUGUGCAAAGAGACUCGAUUCCUCAGUCGAGCGGGUUCAGGUGAGAAAUUCGCAUCGCGCCGCCGGAUAAAUCGCCGUUCUCGAGUGUUCCGCCACGAAAAACUUUGUCGAUGAAACUUUGGCGAAUCGGAGAAAUCGGUCACUUUACGAACGAGUAAACCUCCUCCUUUUAUCGAUCGAUCGGAACAACACGGGGAGAAACAAUCGCAACGAUGGAUCUUUUAUUCAGCGACACGAUGUGCGGUUCGAACGGAUUCGUUACGUACGCGCGUGCGAUAGGGCAUGUUUAAUGCAUGGAGAAAAAAAGAGAGAAAUACUUCGAGCGUUGUUUCAUCGAGAUUCCGAUUUCAGAUAUCGGGAUCGUGGAAUGUAAAUUUUCCGUCGUAAAUACCGUACCCUGAAAUUCUUAUUUUCCUCGUUCUUGAUUGAAUUUUUCAACGUUUAACUUCAACGCGAAAGUGGAGGAUACUUUUCUAUUUUUCGCGAGCGCAAAAAAAAAAAAAAAAAAAAGAAAAAGAAGAAUCGGCGACGCGUAUCGGAUAACGAUCGAGAGGAAAACACGUGUGUCGUGGAUUUGCAACGACCUUGAGGCGUCUCGACUCAGCGGGCGUUCGUAGGAAAGUGACGUCUUCGCGCGAGCACACGUUUCACCUAAGUGUUACCUCCAUCAUGGAGCAGAGCGACGAGAUCGUGAUCGGGAUUGCGUAUGGGUGAGAGGCCUCACUGUCGGCAGGGUGUCCCGUUAGGGGACCUAGAAGGCCCACAACGGGCCACAGCCAAUCGUAUCAACCUGGUUCCGAGCACACCGGAACGUAUCCUCGCCCGAUGAGGAUCGCCUGCCAACCGGUCGGGCCGAUCGCUCAACCGGUAUCGUUUAUCUAUCCAAUUCACGCCCGUUUCUCGUCUUUCGCUCGCCUCGAAUUCCGAGCGCAAACGCGCGGAAAAGUCGAAAUCGUUUCGUAGCGAGAAUGUGAACGCCAAUCUUUCGCUGUAAGUACACAUCUGACAACGAGCAUUUCCCUUCCUUGUCUUUCUCUUCUUCUUAUUUUCGAGAAUCAAAAUUUUGCUUUUUCUUAUUUACGCGUGGUUCGAGGAUCCGAAAGGGGGAUAGAGACGCCUAUUCUCAACUCUUUGAAUCAUACGUAACGAUCGUAAAGCUUUUAUCUUCCUCUCUUGUUACUCGUUUCGGUUUCCUCGGUGGUCUACCACCACACGCCAAUCCCGAACGACGAUACGUAACUCUCGUCGAGGAUAUUAUUCGACCUUCCUCCUUGCCUCGUUCAUCGGAAACGUUCACCCUGUCACGAUCGGGCGUGAGUUUCGCGCGACGAUCACGAUCGAUCGUGACUCACGCGAGAAUAGACGGCGAAAGUUGCCGAUAUACGAAUAACCGUCGAUCCGAUACGAUUCGCGUUUACGCCAAUUAAAAUUGAAGGUGGCGUUGUUCCACGCUUCAGAGAGCAUGGAGCAAAGGAAACACUGCCAGACCGUUUGUCGCGUUGAGGACCUCGAGGGGUGUUCGAGCCAUGGGCCGCACGGGAUACACGUGCAUCAGGCACGUUUUCUGCUCCCUCAACGUUCUCAUCUGGUUAUGCGCUUGCGGAAUUUUGGGUGCAGGCCUCUGGCUCCGAUUGGCUUACUCCGGAUACACGACCUUGGUGCCGCACUACAGUUUCGCGUCAGCUGACUCGUUGCUGCUCGCCGCCGGAUGCGUGACCUUCGUGAUCGCCUUCUUCGGAUGCUGCGGCGCGUGGUUUCAAUCGAGAUGCAUGUUAAUCACGUACUUCGGUUUGGUCAUACUGAUGUUCCUGGGCGAGUUCAUGCUGGGCACCCUGGCCUUCAUCUUCAGGGAACAUCUGGCCAAGAGUUUGAAGGACGAGCUGCUGUUCGGCAUCGAGAAGCAUUACAAUCUGACCAGGGAACCUGGAACUCUUCCCGCUAUAUGGGACCACAUACACACGGAGUUCCACUGCUGCGGCGUGCGGGAUUACACGGAUUGGUUCCGAAUCGACGCCUGGCCGACGGAGGACCGCGUGCCCGAUUCCUGUUGCGUGCAGAGAGAACGGUAUUGCGGUCGCCUCGACUCCGAGGGGCGUAACAAGGAGCUCUGGUACAAGGAAGGCUGCGCGACAGCUAUUCAAAUGUGGUUGGUGACCAGGCUGCACGUGGUCGGGACCGUUGGCCUCGUGGUGGCCUUCCUCCAGUUGUUCGGCCAGGUGGCCAGCAUGAUCCUCUUCUGCACCGUCAGGCACAAGAGGUCGUCCCACACGUACAAGAGUUACGAUACCACCAACACCUAGAAUUUCAGAUGGAUCUUAGACGAGACCAGCGUCUAAGAUCCAUCGAAACUUUAAACGAUUAUAUAUAUAUAUAUGUACACGCACAUGUAUAUCUCACGCCCGCAAUGAUCGCGAUCUUCUUCGCCGCCGAUACGAAGAGGAUCUGGGAUCGUUGCCCUUGUAUGCCCCUCGGCCGAUAUCUCGAUCCCCCUGUAAAUUGUUUGCCUUCCCUUGCGAAAAUGUAUGCCCCUUUCUUCUAGAAUCGGUAGAAUUCGAGUAGGAACAGGAGAGCGAAUCAUCGUUAAACUCGUCCACGAGCUUAGACGGUGGAACGAGAUGAUUAAUAAGCAUAGCUUCUGAGAGACACGAGACGAGCCAUUAUUUUAAUGGGUCGUUAGACUCGAUAAGCGAUUCCGCCUUCAUCCAGCUGACUAAUUUGACGAGCUUUUAACAAAAUAGGUCGGAUGUAAGUAAGAAUAAUAACGACGUACUCGCCGAGUUUAGAUUUUCAUCGGUGGAACGAGUCUUGUAGAAGUAGAUAGUAAGUAGAGAAGAGAAUUUUAUAUAGUAGGAUGCGAACAUUAUGUUACCUUGCAUGCGAACCUGUUUUAUUUACUAGAGAUAAGGUAAUCGCACAAUCAUACCAAAAUUAUUCGUUACGUACGACCAGGCGCUACGAAUUGCUUUGUCAAUAUUCUUUUUUCGUUUCUUUUCUUUUUUUUUCCCCCCCCUGUUCCGUUUCAACCGUUUUGCCUGGCCGUGCGAGCGCGAGCACAAUUUUUAUUUUUAUUUUUAUUCUCGUUAUCGUUUUAAGGUCGGAUCGAUCCCACUCGUGGAAACACUAUCCUCGUGGAUUUUUCUCUCGCCUAGCUUUAAAUCCUCGGGUGUGUCGAUCGUUUUUUUAUCGCGUAAUAAGUUGUCGAUAAAGUAGCAACACAGUAUACGUUUGAAGAAGUGCGUAGUUUCGAGUGCAGCGCUACGAGGUCGCGACGAUCGAGCUGUAUCGAGAUCGUAUCAAGCGAACCUCGCUGUGUACGUGUAACGUUCAGAUAAUAAAUAAUAUAUUUAUGAGACGA